GCGACAAAAAUGGCUCAAAUUGUUCAAAGAAAUUAUUUUCAUGGAUUGCCCAUUGAAACCAUGAUAAAUAUUUUUAUACAUGUGGAGAGCCCUAAGAAUCUAGCUACUAGCUGUAAACAAUGGUCUAUUAUAGCUAGAGACCAUCAUGCAAAGGCAGAAUGGAUUAUACACAAAUUCGGACUGGCCCACUGUCUCUUUCAUUCAAUUCGCUUGGGUUCUACAUUUAUCAAUGUCGCUGUUGCCCAAACAAUCAUUUUAAAAGGUGGGAUCCUUUCAAGAUACCUUAUUCAAUGGCUUAUUAACGACAAAAAAACUUCCUGGGUCAAAAAUUUGUCGCCUGAUAUUUUUAUGUUUUUAUUAAACAAAGCAUAUGAUACAUUUAAAGAUGAUUUGUAUCAAAAUGGAAAUGAUAUGAAGGAUUUUUAUAAUUUUUCCGGAGGUUCUAAUCAUGCGCCACUUAUUUUAGAUGAAAAUAUCGAAAAUAUCAAAUCUUUGAUAUUGCGCAUGAAGUUUAUUCCAUUGCCGUCAUAUAGAAAUCGUCGAAUUAUUGCAAGGUCAAUCUUUCUCCGUAAAGAUCUUAUACUUUUGUGGAAAAAAAUUGGCUACCAAGAAAUCUGCGAGGAUUUUAGUGAUCUUGUAAUACAAGAAGUACUUAACAAUAUCUUCUCACAAACUCAACACCCUAAUGUUGAAACUGUUGUUGCACAACUUAACGAAUUUAUUGAUUUAGGAUUUAAACUAAAUCAUAAAAUUGCUAUCAAAAUUCUUCAACAUUUUAGAUAUCAACUAGAAAAUGUCGGUGAGAUUAUAAUCAGUGCAUUUAUAGAAAUUAUACAUGAAUCUUCUACCCGAUAA